AUGCAGCCUCCACAGAGAACUCCGAGCCUCAGACCUUCCAAGCAGAGGAAGAGCUCAGCAACCAGACAAGAGGAACUUGCUGGAAUCCAGACAAAGCUCCCAAACAAGAUCCCAGUGAUUGUGCAGUGUUACCCCAGAGAGAAGGUCCAGCCCCUGCUGGACAAAUCCAAGUUCCUGGUCCCACAGGAGCUGACCGUGACCCAGUUCCUCAGCAUCAUGCAGAUCCACAUGGUUCUCAGGGCCCCUGGAGCCUUUUACUUGCUGGUGAACCACAAGACCCUGGUGAGCAUGAGUGUGACCAUGGCAGAUAUCCACAGGGACCACAAGGACGAGGACGGCUUCGUGUGCCUGUCCUGCACCUCCCAGGAGAUGUUUGGCUGCAACCAGCAGCCCCAGUGAUGGAACAGCCUCAGGGACAGACCGUGCAAUCCUCUCUAG